UUAGAAUGUUUGGAUCGUUACUUCCGAAUAUCAGCUGUCUUACAGCUGUUCUGUUGCAGAUUAUUUAGUGUGCGAGAUUUAGAAAUCCCAAAUAAAUUGAAAGAGAACUGCAUUAAUAAAACAUGGCCAAUAAAAGCGACAAAGAUUUGGAAGCGAAGUCGAUGGGAAAAGUUGACCUAACUGGCCGUCUAUUGGCAGACAUGGCCAGCCUUUGCCUCAGUGAAUCCUACGCGGAUGUCGAAUUCCUGGUCGAGGAGCAGAAGUUGCCGGCACAUCGCGUUGUUCUGGCAGUACGCAGUGAAUAUUUCCGGGCCUUGCUUUAUGGAGGAAUGUCGGAGUCGACACAACGUCAAAUACAAUUGGAUGUGCGACUAGAUCUCUUCAAGCUGCUGCUGGAGUAUAUAUACACGGGUAACUUGUUGCUGACCACAAUGAAGGAGGAUGUAGUUUUCGACAUGCUGGGCACUGCAGAUCAAUACGGAUUUCACGAUCUUCAGCUGGCCAUUUCCAAGUACUUAACACAAUCCUUGACAUUGAAAAAUGUUUGCGUAGUUUUGGAUGCUGCCCGUUUGAAUAAUCUAGAAGACUUGACUGAAGCUUGUCUAUCGUUUAUGGAUGACAAUGCGUCCGAUCUUCUACAGGAAAAAUCAUUGAGCUUACUAUCCCGGGAAUCUUUGGAGGUGGUUCUGCAUAGAGACAGCUUCUAUGCCACAGAAGAAGAAAUAUUUCAGGGUGUCCUAAAGUGGAGUCGUUGUAAUCCAACUCUAGUUACAGAAACGCUGUGGGAUGUUGUACGGCUUCCCUUGAUGGGCAUUCAAAAUUUGGUGGAAGUGGUGCGACCCUUGGAAAUUCUCGGCGCGAAUAAAAUACUUGAUGCCAUCGCAGAAAUAUUUACAAAGAAGUUGCCCCAUCGAUCGCGUUUAGUAUUAGACAAGAAUGUGGCAUCUGCUAAAUAUUUCGCACAAUGCACUAAGGGUAAUAAUGGUUGCUUUUUACUUGAUACCACAGUGAACACAAUUUAUGGGACUUCAUGUUACACAUCCCACACUAUGUCGGAAAAUAAUGAUUGUGGGAUUGUAGUAGAACUAGGCGCCAUGUACAAAAUCAAUCACAUCCGUCUGAUGCUGUGGGAUAAGGGCAUUCAAGAAUACUCCUAUUUCAUCGAGGUGUCCGUCGAUGAUAUCAAUUGGGAACGCGUCGUCGACUAUAGUCAGCACCACUGUAGGUCUUGGCAAUAUUUAUAUUUUGAUGCACGUCCAGUUCGUUUCAUACGAAUAGUGGGUACACAUAAUGCUGCCGAUUCCGAGUUUUAUGUAGUCAGUUUGAAGGCCAUGCAUACGAGCUGUGUACCAAGGCUUAUUGACCAGUUUGUAUCACCUGUGGAUAACGUAGCUACGAUUCCAAUGCAUGCUUGUGUCAUGAAAGACGGCAAUUUAAGGUCUAGUAAUCUCUUAAACGGAAAUUUUAAAGAUUAUGAUUCUCAUAUGUUUGGCACCGAAGGAAUUGUCGUCCGUCUAAGGCAACCCUUUCAUGUGGGUUCCAUCUGUUUACUUUUGUUUGGAGGACCUGAACGACGGUACAGCUUCUAUAUUGAGACCUCGACAAAUUACAAAGAUUGGGAGAUGGUGGUGGACAAACGAAAUGACGAAGCCAGUUCCUGGCAGGAUUUGCAUUUUACUCCCCGUCCCGUUGUCUACAUACGAAUAGUGGGUACAGCGGGUUAUUUUAUCCAGCGUGUUGAAGAUUUCUGCUGUUUGCAUAUGGAGUGCCCAAGCCAAGCUGGUCUCAAAUAAAAGUUAAAAUAAUAAUUAUAAUCUAAACAGAUUUUAUUAAUUAUGUAUAGCAAAUUAAUUGUUAUAAAAUAAUGAAGAUUUAUUAUCAA